AUGCAGCAGCAGGUAAGGCGUGAAGCGCGGCGGGCGCGACAAUUUGCAUCACAAAUACGGGUGGCAGCCGCGAUGCGCCCCGAUGCCCUACGCCCGCGCUCGCGGCCAAUGCGGCUUCCACCCGUAUCAGACAAUGUCACAAUCAACGUCGCGUGGACGCUUUUUGGCCGUUAUGUGAUUGCCGAUUGUGGUUCACCA